CCGUCUUCAUUAAACUGUGUGCUGCUCUUUCAACCCAAAAAACUUUCCGAAGGCACUUCCACUGCAACUGUAAAACAGCUGGGCAACUUUUAUUUUGAAGAAAAAAGAAAUAAAGAAGAAGUUUGGCUUGGAGCUGUGGUCAAGAUUUCAUGGUGUGGUUCUAUGUCGAGGAGUUGCGACGGAUACAAGCAGGAUAAAUUCUCAGAGCUGCACUAUGAGAAAUAGCUGAUCACUUUUUUUUUUUUUUUUAAACUUCAGCUGCCCUUGGCUGAGUUUCACUUUUCCUCGCAGACUCUGGAUGUCUGUGACUGUGGCCUCUCUCCUUUCUCAGUCAAUUUUAAACAUGUGUCUGUGCACAGUUUGCUUGGCAAAGUUGUGUGUACACUUUUGCUGGCUUUAUGGCCUCGUUCUGCUCAGCAGUUAAAGAGGGGAAUCUUCCCCAAAUUAAAACAGACCCCUUGUUUAACACUUUCAGCUUCACAAUAAGAAAGGAUCUUUUUUAGAAUUCCCCCCCUGGUUCUAUUCAUUUUCCUACUAGUGGUGAAUUUUUUUUUAUUGAUACGCUAUUUUGCCUUGAUUUCCAUUUAAAUGGGUGACCGUAUUACAAUCAAGAGAAAACAUCUCCAAAAGCCAAUAUUUAGAUUAAGAUGUUUGGUGAAGCAGCUUGAGAAAGGAGAUAUUAAUGUGACUGACCUAAAGAAUAAUAUAGAAUAUGCAGCAUCAGUAUUGGAAGCCGUGUAUAUUGAUGAAACCAGACGACUACUGGACACAGAAGAUGAACUUUCUGAUAUCCAUACGGAUUCAGUUCCAUUGGAAGUACGGGACUGGUUGGCAUCCACCUUCACCAGAAAAAUGGGAAUGAGAAAAAGAAGGCCUGAGGAAAAGCCAAAAUUCCGAAGUAUUGUUCAUGCAGUCCAAGCUGGAAUAUUUGUAGAGAGGAUGUAUAGACGAUCUUCCAAUAUUGCUGGUCUUACCUACCCAUCAUCUGUGAUAGCAUCUUUGAAGGAUGUUGACAGAUGGUCGUUUAAUGUAUUUACUCUGAAUGAAGCUAGUGGAGAGCAUGCCCUGAAAUUCAUGGUAUAUGAGCUGUUUACCAGAUAUGACCUUACUAAUCGCUUUAAGAUUCCUGUUUCCAAUCUUGUAUCUUUUGUUGAAGCUUUGGAAGUUGGUUACAGCAAGUACAAAAAUCCGUACCACAAUCUGGUUCAUGCCGCUGACGUUACCCAAACUGUGCACUAUAUUAUUCUUCAUACGGGUAUCAUGCACUGGCUCACAGAACUGGAAAUUUUGGCAAUGAUAUUUGCUGCUGCUAUCCAUGAUUUUGAGCACACUGGGACCACAAACAAUUUCCAUAUACAGACGAGAGCUGAUGUUGCAAUAUUGUACAAUGAUCGAUCAGUUCUUGAAAACCAUCACGUGAGUGCUGCCUACCGCAUUAUGCAAGAUGAUGAAAUGAAUAUUUUUAUCAAUUUGUCCAAAGAUGACUGGAGAGAUUUACGAACACUGGUGAUAGAGAUGGUUUUAUCUACAGAUAUGUCCUGCCACUUCCAGCAGUUAAAAACUAUGAGGAGCACAUUGCAGCAGCCGGAGGGGAUAGAUAAAGCCAAAGCCAUGUCUCUAAUCCUUCAUGCUGCAGAUAUCAGCCACCCUGCCAAACCUUGGGAUAUGCACCUGAGAUGGACUAACCUACUGAUGGAGGAAUUCUUCCUACAGGGUGAUAAAGAGGCUGCAUUAGGGCUUCCAUUCUCCCCACUCUGUGACAGGAAAUCCACAAUGGUAGCUCAGUCACAAAUAGGUUUUAUUGACUUUAUAGUGGAGCCCACAUUCACACUUCUAACCGACUCAACUGAGAAAAUUGUUUUUCCUCUUAUGGAGGAAGCGGCAAAAUCUGAUAAUUCAGUCUUCGAUAAAUCCAGCCAGAAUAACUCGGAAGUGGUUCAUGGCACAGACACACAACGGAAACCCAGUGUGCGGACUUCCCAAACAGAUGGAAGCUCACCGAAUGAAUAUUCCUUAGCAACCGUAGAUCUACAUUAUUUCAAAAAGAAUUUGGUUGAAAUCAUUCAGCAAAAUAAGGAACGAUGGAAAGAACUGGCUGCUCAGGAGAGAAAUUUAAAAUCAAUGCACAAAAGUGAAGGAGGCACUGGAGGAAUUUAAUACUUACUGUUGUGUAAAUGUGAAUCCAUACUUGCUCUCCAGAGAUGGGGUCUC